AUGGACGGCGACAGCCCGGUGAUGACGGACAGCGAGCGGAGGGCGUACCGGUACGUGCAGGCGCCCAAGGUGCAGGGCCUGGGCGGCAUCAAGAACUCAUGGUCCAACGACUCCCUCUUCAGCCUCAGCUACGCCGGCGCGGGGGGCAGGGCCGUCGUCCACUCGUGCGUCUGCGCGCCCACCACGCACCCGGGCUCCUUCCGCUGCAAGCACCACCGCCAGAGCGCCGCCCACCUCGGCGUCGCCGGUCAUGCGCAAGCGCAGCCCACGGCUGAGGCCGACCCCGACGCUAAGCGCAACGAGGUCCACGGAGAAAUGUCGACCGCGGAUGACGAGAAGGCGUCGUGA